GAAACAUUAAAAAGUUACAAUUUCUAUUCUUUCUUGAAUUACAAUGUAUCCAUUCAAUAUUGCAGUACUUAUAACUUUGAGCUGCACAGCGGCAAAAGUUCAAAUAGAAGAAUUGAGUAGAGGAUUUUACAAGUUUGGUGUUGACUUGUAUCAGCAAUGCUCCCAAUCCGAGCCUGGAAAUUUGAUAAUUUCACCGUAUUCAGUGGGAACAUCGCUAACUCUUCUAUCUGAAGCAGCCAAUGGAACAACAUAUGAACAAUUGAAAAAACAUUUAUACUUGAAUGGUGAAAAGUCUGUUGUAGCCGAUCAAUUAAAAAAAUACAAUGAAUUAAUUAAAAGAAGUGCCGGACAAUCGGAAUUGAUGAUUGCAAAUCAGAUCUAUGUACAACAAGAAUUCCAAUUGAAUCAGGAUUUUCAAAAAAUUGCUGUAGAUAAAUUUGAUGCCGGUGUUGAAUCGGUGGAUUUUGUCGAAAAUGAUGAAACAUCACAACUGAUCAAUAAUUUCGUGGCGGAAAAAACAAAGGGAAACAUCAAACAGAUUGUCAAUCCUGAUAUGUUCAAUACUUUUACUCGUGUUUUUUUGAUAAAUGCGAUCUACUUAAAGAGCAUCUGGCUCCAACCAUUUCCACGAUAUGGAAAAAGUCGGAAGGGUGGUGGUAGCUUUUACAAUAUAACGGAAAAGUUUUAUAUCAGUGAAACAGAAACGGUUGAGGCCAACUUCAUGAAGAUGACAAAGAAACUUUGGAUUGUUGAUUUAGAUGAAUUGGAUAUCGCUGCACUUAGACUUGACUAUGUGAACUCAAAUUUUUCAUUCAUAAUAAUUCUACCGAAUAAACGUACGGGAUUGUCUACGCUGGAAGCUCAGUUACAACAUAUUAAUUUAUCCAAAAUUGUUGAACAAAUGAAAUUUGUGGAACAUAGAGUUGAAAUUCCAAAAUUUAAGAUCACGACUGAAUUCCUUCUCAAUGAUAUUUUGAUAAAAAUGGGCAUGAAUGAAAUGUUUAAAAAAACCGCGAAUUUGAGUGGUCUUUUAAGCACUGACGAGCCAUUGUUUGUGAGCCACGUUAUUCAUAAAGCUACAAUUGAAAUCAAUGAAAGACUCACUGAAGCUACUGCUGCAUCAGGUAUAAGCUCUAGAACAUUAAGCGGGACAGGUAUCUUCAGGGCCGAACAUCCGUUCAUGUAUUACGUAUGGGAUAGAGAAACUAAUACAACAAUAUUCAGCGGUUGCAUUAAAAAUCCAACAGAUAACAAAUCAUAGCAAUUCAAAUAACAUCUAAAAUAUAUUAUAGUAAAUAGAAAACAUUUCUGCAAUGUUUUGAAUGUACACGUACAACACACGGAAAAAUUGUUUACCAACUAUUUCCGUCACAAAUUAAUAUCAGAAAUUUUGUAAUUCAAAUUUUGGUUUCAUUACACGUUCUUCGCCUCAACAAACAUUAAUUAUGAUUGCACUUGUGACAAAAAACAAAUCACACGACAUAUUUUUGUUGUUUAUCAAAUAAAUCACAUUUGUUUUGCAAA